AUGUCACAGCCCUCAAGUGGAUCGUGGUACGACACCCUCACUUCAACACCCGUACUGAUCGCAACAGCCGUAGGAGUUUCUUUCGCCGCCAUCUUCGCUGCGACUUCCUCCUCUUCCAAGACUACUCAACAGGUUAAGGGACAAGUUAAAGAAGUUAAGAACGCUGCUGUGAACGCUGCUGACGCCAAAGGAAAGGCCGCACAAGCUGGAGCAUCAAUUAUGUCUGCGCCUGCUGCCGAUUUAGCUCCUCCUAAGGAUGACCCCAUCCCCGCCUCUGAACUAUCUCAAUACGAUGGCUCGGACCCUUCCAAACCCAUCUACGUAGCUAUCAAGGGACGUGUCUUUGAUGUGAGCAAUAAAGCGGAGAUGUACGGAAAAGGAAAAGGGUAUAAUAUUUUUGCGGGAAGAGAUGCAAGUAAAGGCCUUGGAAUGUCAUCACUUGAUAUCAAAGAUGCCGUGCCGGAUUAUUCAUCUCUCAAUGAAUCUCAGUUGAAUACCUUGAAUCAAUGGGAAUCAUUCUUUGAGAAGCGAUACAAUGUUGUCGGUAAAGUCGUUCCAUGA